AUGCCGGAGGAGCUGACAGAGCCUGGGCGCGCCACGCCGGCCCGCGCCUCCUCCUUCCUCAUCGAGAACCUGCUGGCGGCCGAGGCCAAGAGCGGCCGCGAGGACCAGGAGGACGACGACGACGAGCCGGAGGACGAGGACGCCGAGCAGACGCGGAGGUGGCGGCUGCAGCGGCGGAGACAGCUGCGCGCGGGCGCAGGGCCCGGAGGAGAGGCGCGGGCCCGGGCGCUGCUGGGGCCGCGGGCGCUGGGCCUCGGUCCCCGGCCCCUCCCCGGCCAGGGGCUGCCCUAUGCGCCGGGCGGCGGCGGCGGCGCGGCGCGCUGGUACCCGCGGGGGCACGGCGGCUACGGAGGCGGCCUCAGCCCUGACACCAGCGACCGCGACUCACCGGAGACCGGCGAGGAAAUGGGCAAAGCCGAGGGCGCCUGGCAGCGGGGCCCCGGGCCCGGAGCGCUGCAGCGGGAGGCGGCGGAGCUGGCGGCGCUGGGCCCGGCAGCCGGCGCGGAAGAGGCGGCGGCAGAGCUGGCCGAGACCCCGGCGACGGCGGGGGAGGCGCGCGGCGCGAGCAGCGUAGGCGGCGGCCGCAAGAAGAAGACGCGCACGGUCUUCUCGCGCAGCCAGGUGUUCCAGCUAGAGUCCACCUUCGACCUGAAGCGCUACCUGAGCAGCGCCGAGCGGGCCGGCCUCGCCGCCUCCCUGCAGCUCACCGAGACGCAGGUGAAGAUCUGGUUCCAGAACCGACGCAACAAAUGGAAGCGGCAGCUGGCGGCCGAGCUGGAGGCGGCCAGCCUGUCCCCGCCGGGCGCGCAGCGCCUCGUCCGCGUGCCGGUGCUCUACCACGAAAGCCCCCCGGCCGCGGCCGCCGCCGGGCCCCCUGCAGCGCUGCCCUUCCCGCUGGCGCCCGCCGCGCCCGCGCCGCCCCCGCCGCUGCUCGGCUUCCCUGGGGCCCUCUCCUACCCGCUGGCCGCCUUCCCGGCCGCCGCCUCUGUGCCCUUCCUGCGGGCGCAGAUGCCCGGCCUCGUGUGA